GCCUUGAACUUCUACUUUCGUUUAGAAUUUAGGCAUUAUUUUUCCCCUUGCUUCCGAAAAAAGAGUCAAGAAACACUAAUGGCAACCCUUCGAGUCGACGAAAUUCAUAAAAUUCUCCGCGAACGUAUUGAACAAUAUAAUAGGAAAGUAGGGAUUGAGAAUAUAGGUCGCGUAGUUCAAGUGGGGGAUGGGAUUGCUCGUAUUAUAGGUCUUGGUGAAAUAAUGUCAGGUGAAUUAGUCGAAUUUGCAGAAGGUACUAGGGGUAUUGCUCUGAAUUUGGAAUCCAAAAAUGUUGGGAUUGUAUUAAUGGGCGAUGGGUUGAUGAUACAAGAGGGAAGUUUUGUAAAAGCAAUAGGAAGAAUUGCUCAGAUACCCGUGAGUGAGGCUUACUUGGGUCGUGUUGUAAAUGCUCUGGCUAAACCUAUUGAUGGGAAAGGCGAAAUUAUAGCUUCCGAAUCUCGCUUAAUUGAAUCUCCUGCUCCAAGUAUAAUUUCCAGGCGUUCCGUAUACGAACCUCUUCAAACAGGGCUUAUUGCUAUCGAUUCGAUGAUCCCUAUAGGGCGCGGUCAGCGAGAGUUAAUUAUUGGGGACAGACAGACUGGCAAAACAGCAGUAGCCACAGAUACAAUUCUCAAUCAAAAAGGGCAAGGUGUAAUAUGUGUUUAUGUAGCUAUCGGUCAAAGAGCAUCCUCCGUAGCUCAAGUAGUAACUACUUUCCAUGAGGAGGGGGCUAUGGAAUACACUAUUGUAGUAGCUGAAAUGGCGGAUUCACCUGCUACAUUACAAUACCUCGCUCCUUAUACGGGAGCAGCCCUGGCUGAGUAUUUUAUGUACCGCGAACGGCAUACUUUAAUAAUUUAUGAUGAUCUCUCCAAACAGGCACAAGCUUAUCGCCAAAUGUCCCUUCUAUUAAGAAGACCUCCCGGCCGUGAGGCUUAUCCAGGGGAUGUUUUUUAUUUUCGGCGUACAAAAAGAAAGAACGCGUGGGCAACGCAUCAGACGACGAGGUCGGCCUCCGGAGUCGGCGGAGUGGGCGUGCGCGGGCUUGGCAGCGUCGGAGCGGCUUCUGUGCUGGGCGGCGUCGGCGCGGCUUCUGUGCUGCUAGGCGUCGUGGAGGCGCUCGGGCUUGGCGGCGGCGUCGGCGUGGGCGUGGGUGUUGGCGGCGCCGUCGACGGCAGCUAG